UACUGUCACGUUUGGGCGCUGCGCAAUAACUUUGGUAACGUUCUCUGCUGAGCCCACGAGAGUCAACAAGUCACUUCUCCCGUGCCGGUCGGACCUGUAUGGCCCCAUCGAUCGCCAUGUCAGCUUUGACCGCUGGUUUGAAAACUGAAGAUCUUCCGCCCCGCUCGGUCCUCGUCAGCAGAGGCGAGAUGCACACCAGUCUGAGCCCCGCUAAGGAGACCGUGAAGCCCAAAGUCGCUAUUUUGCCAUUCAGCGUGGAGGCACUGAUGGCCGAUAGGAAACCUAGCAGAGAGGUGGUAUCCCCGGACGCCACGUCCAUUCCCGGGACGUCCCAUGCCCUGGUAAAGGGCGCACGGAUGGGUUCUUUCGGUAGUCUGGAUACCCCGGUUCCUGCUUUAUCGAUGAGCUCCUCGUUUUCAGUGGGCGACAUCAUGAACAUGCCAGAAGAUGUGUUGAUUAAACCCGAGAGCCCGGACAGUAACGAGAGGACUUCCUGGCUACAGAGUCCUCGUUUUUCUCCUACACCUCCACGAAGGUUAAGUCCUCCUGCCUGUCCUCUACGAAAACACAAGACCAACAGAAAGCCUCGGACCCCCUUCACCACGUCCCAGCUGCUGGCCCUGGAGAGGAAGUUCCGCCAGAAGCAGUACCUUUCCAUCGCCGAGCGCGCAGAGUUCUCCAGUUCCCUCAACUUGACGGAGACCCAGGUCAAAAUCUGGUUUCAGAACAGAAGAGCCAAAGCCAAGCGGCUGCAGGAGGCAGAACUCGAAAAACUGAAAAUGGCAGCUAAGCCUAUGCUGCCCCCAGCUUUCGGCAUUUCCUUCCCUCUCGGUGCGCACGUCCCCGCGUCAUACGGGUCGCACCCGUUCCAGAGGCACUCGCUGCCGGUUUCCCCCAUGGGACUGUACGCCGCUCACGUCGGAUACAGCAUGUACCACCUUGCUUGACACGGACGGAAGGACGAGGGGUUCAGGCAGUGGGACACAAGGGGGUUUAGACUACUUUCUGAGGGCCCCGAGCGAGGGUGGCCCUCCGGACAGGUGAGGUCACACUAAAUACUAAAUCAACAGGCAUGCGGGUGACACACCUUGAAAGGGGGCCGUGCAGGGCCUCCAAACAGACCCUUGUGAGGACCUUGAAGUUUAUUCACUUCUUCUUGACCUUGCCAGUAAGCUCACAGUAAAGACACUGCAAAAUGAUCCAACUUUAUUAGUCAUUCUUAAAAAAUGGACUGAAUUACAAUGCCCAUCUAGAACUUCGAGAUAAAUCAUAUUUAAUAACAAAACGAUCUGACCGUGAGUCUUAAUGACUUUAAAGUGGAGGUUUUUGCGGUGCAGUGGUGGGACAACAUUUUAGUACUUGUAUGGACGGUCAAGUGGACCACAAUGAGUGCCUCAGUUAGUCAAAGAUAGUUUACUCUUCGCCUACAUCAGCCAGGUCAACAGGUUUAUAAACCAGCUCCUUGUGUUGGGCUGUCUAUUUGUUUUUCGCAGUAUGGGUAACUAUAGUUGGAUACCGAAUCCAGUGUCAAUGAAUGCUCUUUGUGAAUUUGGAGAACCACAGCAUUUUUUUUUUUAUAACAGCACUGUCUGUUGUUGGAAUGGUUCCCUUCGAAAGGGAUGUGUGUACUGUAAAAUAAUGUAUAUUUGAAGAAUAUCCUCAUUUAUAUUAUGAAUAUAUUUGUGACAUAACUUAACAAUAAAUUGUUUAUUCUUUUUCAUUA